CAGCUUAUGUACCCACAACGAGCCUCACCUCAUCAGCACCGACAGCAUGGCGAUAUCCAUAUAUAAAACCGACUUCGCGUCUACAUCCAUAGCUACUCUAAAUCCCCAUCUUCGGAUAUAUACGAAACCGUCAGAUACAGAUAGCCAAGAUUGCUUCCCAACGCCCCCAAACCACCGCCGCCCCCACCGCCGCCGCAGCCCCCACUACUGGUAGCACACGGACAGUCCUCGCAGCUCUCCUCAUAGCUCUCGUCUCGAUUGCAAUCGUGUUUUCCCCCUCUUCAUCCAGCGGCGUGUUAAAACGCCUCUCCACUCUCUUCCGUCCUAGUACCGCCAUCACCACCACUACCACCACCACCACCACCGUCGCCGCCGUCGCCGCCAUCUCCACCGACGCAGCAAUGUCCACUUCUCCCGCCACCAACCGCACGCCGGUGUACUUCGUCUCCCAUGGCGGCCCGAACGUAAUGUUCGAGACGGAGCAUCCGGCGUUCAAACAGCUGCAGAAGAUCGGGCGGGAGAUUACGCAGAAGGUGAAGCCGAAGGCGGUGGUCGUGUUCUCUGCGCAUUGGCAGGCCGGUCGUAACAAGGUCGAAGUCAAUGAAGCGGAGGUUACAAAGUUAAUUUACGACUAUUACGGAUUCCCCGACCACUACUACAAAGUCCAGUACCCCAACGUGGGCUCGCGGGACCUCGCGCACAAGGUCAUUGGGCUGCUGAAGGAUGCGGGGAUUGAGGCGGAGGGAGUUAAGAGGGGGCUGGACCAUGGCGUGUUUGCGCCGUUUACCUGCAUGUUCGGUCCCGAUGAGAAUCCUCUGGGCGUCCCACUCGUCCAGGUGAGUCUCUUCCAAAACGAGGACCCGGAUAAACAUUACGCCCUCGGCGCGGCACUACAAAGUCUGCGCGACGAGAAUAUCCUGAUCAUCGGCUCCGGAAUGGCUGUGCACAACCUUCGUGAUAUAGGCUUCGCCAUGAUGUCUGGCGAGGAGCUUCCGUACGCCAAAGUCUUCGACAAGGAGCUCAAAAAGGCGGUUGUUGAACCGUCCACAGACGAGGAGAGGAAGAAGGCUCUCAAGGAGCUGCUGUGGCACAAGAGCGCGAGACAAGCACACCCAACGUUUGAGCAUCUAUUGCCGGUGCACAUCGCCGCCGGGGCUGCGGGUGAGGAUAAGGGAAAGCAGCUGUUUACGCUCACCGAAUUGUCGUUGAGUUGGGCACAGUACCGGUUCGGGGAUGUGGCUGAGCUGAUAGCUUAGAUUGUAGUGAUGCAUAUCUAGUGGUGGAGCAUAUAGCUGGCGCAAUGAUAUCCGUGGGAAUAUUGAAC